UGACAUCUCUGCUGAACAGACUCUCUGUGUGUCUCUGUGUCCUCUGGAUGUUUGUUACAGUGAUACAGGGAGAAUUUGUGGAGCUCCCUCCAAACGAUUCCAUACUCUCUAGAGCAGAGGAGGAGACCAUCCUGCCCUGUCUCUACCAUCUAGAUAAGGAUAAUGUGAUGGUGCAGGUCACAUGGUAUAAAGAGAAACCUGAUGACACGAAGGAGCAGAUCAUCACUGCGCACCGUACGAAUGGACAGACUGCAUUUGGGACAUGGUCUCGCCGUGUGCGCUUCAAAAGCAGUGACCCCACCGUGGACUCUUCUCUGGUCAUCAUGAACACAGAGGUCUCUGAUGAGGGGAAAUACAUCUGCCGCAUCAGCACCUUCCCCUCCGGCAACUUUGACAGAGAGAUGUCGCUCACUGUGUGGACCUCUCCCAUCUCCUCCCUGGAUCCUGUAAUUCUGAUCGAGGGACAGUCCUACCGACUGGCCGCUUCCUGCCGCUCUGUAGCCCGCCCGCCUCCCCGCCUCUCCUGGGACACUGAGCUGAACGGCCAGUCCACCAACCGCUCCUCUGACAAUGGGGCGGUCUCCACACACUUCUCCCUGCAUCCCCUGAGGAGCAUGAACGGGAAGAAGCUGGACUGUCUGGUGUGGCAUCCGACUUUAUCAGGCCCUCGCAGGCUCAGUAACAAACUGGUGGUGCACUUUCCUCCUCAUGCAGAGGUGUCUGGCUACAGUGGAGACUGGCACAUGGGUUUAGAGAAUGCUGCCCUGAGGUGCAUGAGUGGAGGAAACCCCAAACCACAGAGUUUCACCUGGACCAGAGUGGGUGGAAAGCUGCCAGAGGGUGUGAUCCCUCACCCUAAUGGAACACUAGUUUUUGGGCGACCUCUAAGCCUGUCAGACGCAGGCACCUACCAAUGUGUGGCGAAGAAUGAAGUGGGAGCAGGGACGGCGGAGGUGGAGAUUGGUGUGGCAGACUCUCUCGAGAGGGAGUCGGGGCUUGAAAACAUGCUGAUGAUCAUCGUUGGCGCUGUGGCAGGCGGGCUGCUGAUCUUGAUGCUCAUCGUCAUCAUCACUGUCACUUGCUAUCACAAACGCAAGAACCAGAAACUGAAGAGGGAGCUGAAUGAGAGGAAGGAAGAAAUAACCACUCUCUCCAGACAAGCUUCUUUCAGGAGGAUGAACUCUGUCAGCACAGAUACCAGAGGAGCGACAGAGGAAUACAUCCCUCUGCGGGUGGAGGGAACCCUGAGGACCAGCCUGUCAUCCCUCGGGGAACAGGCUCGGUGCCGUGACAGCCGGUCUACUAUCUCAGGUGGGAGGGGAGGAGGAGGGGGAGCAUUAGACUAUCUGGGCAGACCAGUUCUGUACAACAACUCACGGAGGGGAAGAGACAGGCCUCUGGAUAGAGAUGAGGAGAACCGGCUCAGAGUGGAGACAUAUGUGAGGAACAGCGCCAUGUCUCUGCAGGAAAGUCGUCUCCACCCUCCUCUCAUGCCAUCACCCUUCCCGAUGGUACAGUCCACUGAGAUUGUUAGGCAGAUAAACGGCAAUGCCAUUAUCCCAACAGACGGGGGUUCACGGCCAGGAAGUGUGGCAAAGAAUCAUCAGCAUUCUCCUGUGAGCUGCUCCUACCCACCGGUAACAGAUGAUGAGGAUGAAGUGGAUGAAGGUCUGGGUGGUCCUGCCAGUCAGGAGCAUCCUGAUGAUCAAGACAGCGAGACCAACAGCUCCCACGUGUCUGAGGCGCACAGUACACGCUAUCAGCAGACUAAUGGCACUCUGAGACCCAAACCCCGGCCAAGCCCCUCUGAGCUCAGCGCUCAUGCCUCCCUGAUUCACAAGGCCCAGAUAGUUUAGCAGGCAGCUGGAAAAUAACAUGUGAAACUACAGAACUGACUAGCUCUGGUUUUGGAGGUACUUCAAAUGUGGAUACACAGGAAAAGUUUGGUUACAGCUCAGAAAAAUAGUUUGUGGUCAAUUAUGGAAAAUCUGCAUAUUGACUACAAUUCUGCAUCUUCUUUAAUGAGUGGGAACAUUGUGCAAUGGAACAAAGCCUGUAAAGGAAAAAUCUACCCUAAAGCAUCUACUGGACAUUUGUGGAUUUCUGAUUUCUGCCUGAUGUUUGGUCAUCAACAGGGUGUUUUGUAUUUCCACAGAUUACUGGCACAAACACAGACAAUGUCGCAAUAUUUCAAGCGCUCCUACUAUGGCAUUUAGUUGCAGGCAAUAUUUCUUCCUCAGCUUUCUCAAUACAGGAUCUGUUGCUCUAACUGGCUGUAACUAACAGGUGAAUGCAACUCACAUACCUUCUGUGGGGGAUGUUGAAAGCACUCAAGGACAUGUACAGUGAGAAAUCAGCAAAUGCUGGACAAAUAGACAAGGCUGUGAGAACGCCAGAAAAGCAUAUUGCAACACCUCAGUACUGAGGGUGGAUUUUUGCUUUAGUGGUGUUCAGUGUGUCAGUAAAUGUGCCAGUGUUAAGUUCCUUACACAACACGGUUUGGGAGCAAAUCCAAACCAUGGGGCUGUUCCUCUCUUGCCACACCGGCAACAUGCAUACCUCCAUAUUGUCUUACUGUCCUUAUGUCUUUGCCUCAAUAGUGUUGAUUUGUUAAAGACUACAUACAGCCAAAACAUGACUAAUGUGACCUACACACAUAAUGAUUUGGCGAUCUGUAAAUUUGUACAAAUAUGCAAAUGACUUCCUUUUUUAAAAAAUACUUUAAAUAUUUUUUAUAUCAUAUAAACAAAUUCAACACAUCUACAUCACAUACAACAUCACAUAUGAACACACCUGUUAACACACAUACACUAAUACCAGAUACAUAAUCAAUGCAACCUGCUCCUGUGAUGCUAGGAUGAAACUUGAAACACUGUUUCACAUAUGUAACACACAGACACACUAAUAAUAACAGAAUUGUAUACAGUAUGUCGUUUACAACCAUGAAUGUACACACAUACAGAGUGGAUGAAAGCUGGACACACUGAAAAAUGUUUGUAAAAUACAUAUUAAUUACAGUACAUACUUUUUACUGCUGACUUGGCUAUAUGAAUACUUUAAAAAAAACUGAACACCAUAGACUAACAUCUGUCUGUAUUUUAAGUUUUCCCUGCUUGCUGGAGUUUCCUCUCCAAGAGGAAUUUGUUAUGAACUGUUACAGAUUUUUAACAUUGUUUGUCCUCAUUUAUCUGUGGACUACUGGUUUUAUUUUUUGUUUAUGUGUAUUUUGAGUACUGUGGGGUUCUUUAACAGCCCUGAUAUGGGAAGCAAUUUGCCAAAGAGAAAACACUAAAAACUAUAUUUUGCUUUUUUGGCAAAUAUGAAGUAUUAUUUUGUUCUAGACACAGCUUUUUGUGUUGUUUUGGUGUCUGUAACCUUCCGUAAACUUUUUUUUUUUAAACUUUUUUUUCUCCAAGACACAAAGUCAAAUGCCCUUUAGAGUUAGAGAUGUUGGGAUGAAAAAUUGCUGGAAUACUUUGUGGCAGAGGCAAUGUGCCAUGUAUUGUGUGGUAUCACCCAACAGGUAAAAGCACCAGAUGACUGGUAGUUGAAUGUAGGCUGUAUUUGUUGCAGACAGUGCCCUCUGAUGUGUACUGCUGGGAAGUGCAGGGACUGGAAUGGGCCUACAAACUGCACAACUACUGAGCUAUAAAAGACUCUGCAUUCCACAUUAUUUCUGGAAAAAUUAUCUUCCUGGUCAGGUGCCUGGAUUUUCACUCAGGGCUGUGUUUGGGUAU